GCUCAGCCUGGCUUUACACCCUACUACAAAUAGGUCUCACAUCUCUCACCUUCUCCACAAACUCACUAGCAACCUACACUUUACUCAACCCUACCAAAGGGACUUACAGUUACCAAUACCCUCAUCAAGAACCACCCCUCUGCAAAACCUCACCAACACCCCCACAUCCCCCACACAACCCAGCAAAAUGAAAGACGCUGCACCCCCAAGCAACACCAGCCUAGCCGAUCCGGCCUUACUCGACAAAAUCGACAGUCUAUUCGCCUGCAACAUCGGUGAAUACAUCGACCUCCCCCAGCUGGUCGUCGUGGGCGAUCAGUCGAGCGGGAAAAGCUCCGUCCUCGAGGGUCUGACCCGGCUACCGUUCCCACGCGACAGUGGGCUAUGCACCCGGUUCGCAACCCAGCUUAUAUUCCGUCGAAACAAGAACCUCACGGCCAGGAGGAUCUGCUCGUCGAUUAUUCCCGCGUCGAAUUCGAAUGCGGCUAGGGCAGGCGAGUUACGGGCAUGGGGUGCGACCUUCGAGGGGAGUCUUAGCGCGGGCCGGUUUGCUGAGAUUAUGAAAGAGGCGCACAAACUGAUGGGCGUUUCCACCACCGACAAGCCGACUCAAUUAACCUUCUCAAGAGACGUCUUUCGACUAGAAAUCUCUGGUCCGGACGAGGACCAUCUCAGCGUCAUCGAUGUCCCGGGCAUCUUCAAGUUGACUACCCCGGGGCAGACAACAAAAGCCGAUAUCCAACUUGUGAGGGACAUGGUCCUGGGCUACAUGCGGAACUCACGGUCUAUCCUGUUGACGGUCGUUGCAGCCAAUGUGGACGUGGCAAACCAGGAGAUCAUCGAGAUAGCACGGGAGCUGGAUCCCGACGGCGAGCGCACCUUGGGGGUUUUGACCAAGCCUGAUCUAGUUGACAAGGGAGCCGAACAAAAGAUACUGAACAUUAUCGCCGGGCUAGAAAUCCCCUUGCGGUAUGGCUGGAUCUUGCUGCGAAAUCUGGGGCAAAAGGAGAUGGAGCAAGGGGAAAUUGACAGAGACGCUGCAGAAACUGAAUUCGGUAAGACGGAGUUAUGGAACACAGUCGCUGCCGACAGAUUUGGCAUUGCGUCCUUGAAGUCCCGCUUGCAAGAGACAGUCACUGAGAAUGCCAGGAGGGCAUUUCCGCAUGUCCGGGCGGAAAUCAACAGAAAGCUCAGGGAAGCUAAAGCCGCUCUGCGCGUGUUGGGUGAUGAGCGAGAUACCACCAGCCAGCAACUCAAGUACCUCCUAGAUGCGGUGACCAAGUUCAACGAGAUGACGACGCAAGCCCUGGCCACCAAUUAUGGCGCCGACACAAAUUUCGAUCGGUACACUGAGCUCCGCCUCGCAACAUUGGUUGUCAAUCGAGACGAUAUGUUUGCCAGAUCGUUUGAAAUCUGGGGUCACAAAUACGAAUUUGAGAUGAACAGCAUCACUACUGCAUUCCCUGAGCCAUCGGGCGCUCAAAAUGCUACAGAUGGCGGAGCCGACAGUCAUAUUCCGCGCCGGACCACUUUCAAGACGCGAAAAUCUCCGCACGUCGAAGACCUUGAGGAUAUUCUCAUCGAUCUCGGCCAAGUCGAGAAACCCCUGAGACAAGGCAUCCACGAAUGGCUUAGAGACGAAUACCACAGCUCGCGCGGAUUCGAGCUCAACACGUUCAGCACCACAAUGCUAGCCAACGUCUUCAGAAAGCAGACGAUCAAGUGGGAAAGCGUUGCGCUGGGGUAUCUGAGUGACAUCAUCGUCACCGUACACAAGUUCAUCAUGCGGAAUCUGGAGCUAUGCCUUUCCGACAAGCGGGUCUUCCGCAACCUGGUCCCAUUUAUUAUGUUCGACCUCAUGAACUCGUACCGGGGCGCGAUGGAGCAUCUGCGACUGCUUCUUUUCAUUGAGCGGAAGGGAACGCUGAAGACCUUGGACCAUUACCUCAACGAGAACCUGCAGAGAAUACGACAGGAACGGUGGAAGACCUAUGCGGCGCAGAAAGAGAUCAACGGAGUGCUUCAUGUGCAUGACCUCGACUGCCAACAAGAGAUGAGUAACGAAGCGCACACGGUGCAAGACCUCCACGAUGUGCUGGAGUCCUACUACAAAGUGGCGAUGAAGCGGUUCGUCGACAACGUCACCAUGCAAGCGGCGGAUUACCAUCUGGUGAACGGACCCCAUGCACCGAUGAAGUUGAUUUCGGCCACAUUUGUGCACAGCUUCUCUGCUGAGAAACUGCAGGAGGCUGCCGGGGAGGACCCGAUGGUUCGCAGACGACGGGGUCAGUUGAAGAAGCAGAUAAUGGAGCUGGAAGAGGGGAAGCGGCUUUUGAUUUAG